UGUGAGAGCAACAGGUGUCUUCUUCUUCUUUUGCUGCUGCAAUGGAAAUCAUGGGUUCGAUGUGGUUGACGGUGGCCUUGGCUACACUGGGUGCCUUUGCGUUUUUGAAAUGGGUGCUGAAGAGCUUGAAUCCGUGGGUGUAUGAAUCGCCGUUGGGCGAUUUGCGCUACUCUCUGCCGCCGGGGGAUUUGGGUUGGCCUGUCAUCGGCAACAUGUGGUCGUUUCUCCGAGCUUUCCGGUCCGUGGAGCCCGAUUCCUUCAUGGGAUCCUUCGUUUCCAGAUUUGGACGCACGGGAAUCUACAAGGCCUUCAUGUUCGGGUGCCCGAGUGUGAUCGUAACCACGCCGGAGACGAGCCGGAAAGUGUUGAAUGAUGAUGAUGCAUUUAAGCCUGGAUGGCCUACUUCCACAACCGAGCUAAUCGGAAAGAAAUCGUUCAUCGGUAUUUCGUAUGAAGAACACAAGCGUCUCCGCCGUUUAACCGCGGCUCCGGUCAAUGGCCAUGAAGCACUCUCCAUUUACAUCCCCUACAUUGAGGAGAUUGUGAUAUCUACCCUGGACAAAUGGUCUAAGAUGGGGAAAAUCGAGUUCUUGACCGAGCUCCGAAAGCUCACUUUUCGGAUAAUCAUGUACAUUUUCCUAAGCUCGGAAAGCGAAGAGGUGAUGGAAGCUUUGGAGAGGGAGUACACAACUCUCAACUAUGGAGUUAGAGCCAUGGCAAUCAAUAUCCCAGGGUUUGCUUACCAUAAAGCCCUCAAGGCUCGUAAAAACCUUGUGGUGGCUUUUCAAUCGGCGGUGACCGAGCGGAGAAUGCAGAGGAAGACAAGCACAUACACCACAAAGAAGAAAGACAUGCUGGAUGCCCUGAUAGAUGUUAAAGACGAGAAAGGUGUAACACUAGAUGAUGAGGAAAUCAUUGAUAUCAUGUUGAUGUACCUGAAUGCUGGCCAUGAAUCAUCCGGCCAUACGACAAUGUGGGCCACUGUUUUCCUGCAGCAAUAUCCUGAAUACCUAAAAAUAGCUAAGGAAGAGCAAGAGAGGAUUCUGAAGAAAAGGCCAGCAACCCAGAAAGGUUUAAAUCUCAAGGAAGUUCGAGAAAUGGAAUACCUUUCUAAGGUGAUUGAUGAGACGCUUCGAUUGAUAACAUUCUCCUCGAUGGUCUUCCGUGAAGCAAAAACAGACGUCAAUAUAAGCGGUUAUACUGUCCCAAAGGGAUGGAAAGCACUAGUUUGGUUCAGAAGCAUUCACUUGGAUCCUGAGAUUUAUCCGAAUCCAAAAGAAUUCGACCCUUCCCGAUGGGAUGACUAUAACGCCAAAGCAGGAACUUUCCUUCCCUUUGGAGCUGGAAGCAGACUGUGCCCUGGAAAUGAUCUUGCCAAGCUUGAAAUUUCUAUCUUUCUUCACCAUUUCCUCCUCAACUACAAGCUGGAUCGUCUUAACCCUGGGAGUAAAAUUAGGUAUCUACCUCAUACAAGGCCUCAGGAUAAUUGCUUGGCAGUGAUCAAGAAAAACUAGCCUUUUCAGGCACUAGCAAGUUACUGGGAAAUUCUUGACAGUAAUAAUAAAAGUAGUAAUAACAUCUUUUCUGGGGGAUUAGGAGUGCAGGAUAACUCAGUUAGAAUGUAAGCGAAUCGACUGUCGUAUGAAACAGAAAAGAUUGGAUGAAACUGAUGUGUUGAGAUCAAUAUGCAGAAUUCUCUAUUCA